AUGACUUCCUCCUUGCCGGCAAUGGCGGCUGCGACAGGACGCGUCAAGGAUUCCCUGGAGCCUUCGCGUCGGGCGUCGCGCCCCUCGUUUGAUAUAAGAGAUUAUGACCGACAGAUAGCGGAUUAUGCAAUAGAGUCCGCCGGCGCUCGCAUUUUGGAUACAGGCGACACCCAAGAGUACGUAAUUCACGAGUCGUCGGUGGGUUGGGCGCUCUACUUCGUCACUUCCCUCCUUUGCCGCGAUUGCCCCGGUGCCUCUACGAUAUUGCGUCCCGGUACUCUGCCCGGCGAGUGUUGGGCCUUCAAGGGCUCCCGGGGUGAAGCGACCAUACGUCUUCUCGGAUCAGUGCAAAUAACUGGCAUCAGCGUCGAACACAUACCGCCCCACAUAUCGCCUACUAGAGAGAUUUCGUCGGCGCCACGACUGUUCCAAUUGGAAGGCUUGGCGGGCCGCAGCGACCUCUACCCGCACGACUUCGGCACCUUCGAGUACGACAAGGAGGGCAAGCCGAUACAGUACUUCGAGGUGGAGCAGCCCGCCUCCACGGGCUACCACAUCGUGCGGUUCAAGGUGCAUUCGAACUGGGGCCACCCGCUGUACACGUGUGUGUACCGAGUCAGGAUACACGGUGACCUGGUGGCGGGCCAGACGCCGCAUAAGACGAUCGCCGAUGACGAUAAAGCGGCUUCACAC